UUUAUUGAAAAUUUAAAGAAUUCUUUCUUAUAUUAUUUAAAUUUUAAUAAUAUUACAAUAUAAUACUAGAAACAUGAGUUGUCAAAAAGGAAAUGCUAAUCGUUCGAGGCCUCAAAAAUAUCAAAAUAAAAACUCGUUUAAAAAUAAUCUAUAUGACAAAUCUCAAAAAAUAAAGCAAAUUAACAGCACUGAGGUUACUAAUGUAUGCAAACGUUGCAAAAAUAUAAUAGAGUGGAAGAUCAAAUACAAAAAAUAUAAAGUGCUUAAAGCUCCAAUGAAAUGUAUUAAAUGUGAACAAAAAACUGUGAAACAUUCUUAUCAUAAUAUCUGCUUGCUUUGCGCCAAGCAACAAGGAAUAUGUUCAAAAUGUGGACAGAAGACAGAAGUCGUAGGAGCAACAUGCAGUAAGGAAGAACAAAUUAAAUUGGAUGCCGAGUUUAAAGCAAUUCUGAAAACACUGUCAGAACGAAAACGAAGAACAUUGAUACGUUAUAUGAAUCGACAAUCGAUAAAAAGUAAGGAAAAUAAUAGCAAACCUAGAACUUCUGGUUUGAAUACUGAUAUAGAUAAAACUGACAGUGAGGACAGAAAUGAAGAUGAAACAAAUCAGGAAAGAGAAGAUUUAUUAAUGAAAAUAAAAUCAUUAGCUAUUAUAGAAGAUGACGACAUUGACAGCGAUAUUGAUGAAGAAGAAAUUGAUAAUUUUGGCAGUGACGUUUAUAACUUAUGUGAUAAAAUUUUUUCUAAAUAA